AUGGCUUCCAGAAUCUCGUUCAUACCUAUGACUAAUACCCCAUACUAUGUAAUUGCUCCAUAUGACGAUGUUCCCCUAUCCUAUCUCUUGAACGAAACUGCCAUCAUGACUGCUCCCUCUAUACAGACCGUACACACAUCUACCGUUGACCAGCUCCUCCAACAGCAGGAGAGCUCACUUGCAAAAUCUCCUUUUUAUCUCGGCAAUCCUACUCUUUCGAACCAUGUCGACUGGUUCUGCAAGGAUCCUUCUAACGAUCAACUUAUAGUCAAACAGCGAACUCCCGAUGAUCCUCCCCAAUUAGCCGAUCUUACAUGCAUAGGAGAGAUUGGCUCCGACCACUACUAUAUGUUUCCAGGAGGAUAUAACACUGCGAACGACAAACUCCCCCAGGGUAACACAGAGUUCGAGAGAGUACGCGGCUACUUUCGUCUUCACCCUCCCAGGAAAAAGAUAGUACGCGAUCUCUGGAAACCCAUGCUUGAUGGCCUGAAGAAGCUUCAAUCCACGGUACCCAAUGCACGAGGACCAAUCAGAUAUUCCAUCGUUGAAGAAGGUGUGAUGUUGAAAAUUCGGCAUGAUUGGUUCGAAUUUCAGUAUGUUGUGCAAUCUGACGAGGAACAAUCGGACAACAACGACAGUCUCUCGCCUUCAGACAAGGUCUCUGAAUGCUCCUCCACUACUCACCUCACUGCCGAUGAAACAGACAGUGAAUCUCGAAAGAGUGUGACAGAAUUGGACACAGAAUUCGGUAUCGUGGGCGCAUUGCGACGCCUGGAACAAGAUCCUUCAGACCGCUUCAUAGGCCAUAUAGGGCGCCAGCCACUCCUCGACAUCGUAUUUGACGAAUACCCAAAUUCUGGACCCUUUCCCACCGUUCCAGCUUUCCACGACUAUUUUUCCAAUCUGCCCUUUGAAUUCAACGCUUCCAUGCCGCACCCUUUCCGCUCGAAGCUCAUCGACGAUGUACCUAUUGUAUUCACGCAUUCGGAUCUCCAUCCGAGCAACGUCAUCGUAUCGGCAGAGGGCGACGGAGCUCCUCGAGUCGUCGCCAUCAUCGACUGGCACCAGUCUGGCUGGUAUCCAAGCUACUGGGAAUACUGCAAAGCUCGAUUAACUGCGGAAGUCGGCAGCGAAUGGGAGACAGGAUAUUUGUGGCGGAUUCUGCAGCCAACAGAGCAAUGGGAAGACUGGAACUAUUUUUGCCUCAAGCUUGGUGUAUGA